AUGAAGCGGAAAUAUUCCAUUAUCACUUAUGACGAAGCUAAAAAAGCGUUUGCUUCAGGGACAGAUCCUUCACAAACAGCUAAGCAAUUACCGAAUCGGUCCCUCAAACCCGCUCCACCUCCACCAGAGUCCCAUUGGACCCGAUCACCCAGCAAACCCAUCAAGGGAGAGAAAAAGGGGAAAAUGAAAGAGGAAAAAAAGCUGUGUAAAAAACGAAGAAGAAAAAAAGAGAUGCCUGAGAGUGUUCCGGGCAUCCCCCGUGACCCACUCAACAGACCCGUGCCAGGAUUUCUUCACCGCAGGCGAGCACUGGUGAAAGGGUGA